GGCGGGUCAACCCCGCUUCUCUUUUCGGCGGCACCGCGUCCACCCACAAAAGGGUGAAGGGUGAAAAGGGUAAUGGUCCUCCCCGCCACGCUGACGCUGUGUGCCCACACGCCUUGGUAACCGUCCGUCAGCUUGUCAAGUGUGUCAACGUUUUCGUGCGCCCAAGCUCUCGGCGCAACGUGUGUCUGGAAUCUUCGUCCUCGUCGAUCGCGUGCUGUUGACGUCGCGGCGCCAUCGCCGUGGAAAUGGCGGGAGCUCAGCGCCUCGUGCCUGCAGCCGCCGCUGCGGCGAAAAGACAACACCCAAACCUAGUGCGGGAAAUCGCCAUUGCAGCGACGAUGGGACUGGCUGGCGGAGCAGUCUGGAAAAUGUACCAUUGGAACCUGAAGAGGAAAUCAGAUGAACUCUACUCUGCGUUGGAGCGCGGAGAAGUGACCCUCGACGCCAAGUCGUGAAAACGGUAAAGGAAGCAAGAAGAUGGCGGCAAGCGUCUGGUCCACGUGGCGGCAGAUAAGCCGGUGUAGCUUCGUUCGCUCGACUGAUCAUGGAUAGAUGGGUGACCGAACAGGACGAGGAUGAGUCUGCGCAGAUGACGUGUACAUCACAUGGCGUUUUUUUCUUACACCAGAGAGAGAGAGAGAUGGGGGAGGGGUAGGAGGGAAAAAUCAGGAAUGGAUGAGUGUGUGUGAUUGCGCUGUGUGAGUUGGACAGAAAGGGUUGAUUGGGAAGACCAAGCAAUCGUGGAAGGUAGGGAGGGAUCUCUUGUAGUGGUUCUGUGUGAGGGAGGGAGAGAAGAGCCUGGGUAAGGAGGGGGUUGGACGGGGGUAGGGCGAGGCGGGGGGGGGGGGGGGGGGAGAGAAUGGUUAAGGAUGGAGGUAAUUGAUGUUGACGAUGACAGUAUUGGCGAAUAUGAGUCUGUUUGUGAGCAGCAUGAGUUGCGCCAUUACCGGCGCGCAGCGCGCUUGAGAAAGCAGUCAAGAGAAAGGCAAUCACUCAACUAACCACUCAUUGGCGGCGCUUGAAUGUCAUGAUUUUAUUCUUUACUUAAGACUUCGUUCAGGCGGCGGGAAGAAAUAUACGCUUUCCUCAAAUACCCACUGUCCUAGCUUCGUCGCCAUUUUCUCCGUCGAAUCCUUCUCCUUUUUCUCUUACUCUCCUCUCUCUCUCUCUCUCGCGUUUUUUCUCUCUUCGUCGAUGCUUCCUGUGUUCUCCUCUCCUUGUUUCACUUCCCUUCCACUGUUUCUUGAAUUUCCUCGAUUUCUUCAAUAUUUCUUUAAUUACAUCAAUUUCUCCACUCCAAAUUUCUUCAAUUACCUCAAUUUCUCCACUCCAAAUUUCUUUAAUUACCUCAAUUUCUCGAUUUUUUUCACUCGACUUCUUUAAUGCAAGCUCUGUCGAUAACAUGCUUGGUGGAUUGAACGAAGAGCGAACAGGAGGUCAGCAGCUGGACGAGGAGGAAGGGAAGUAAGCCCGCCAUGAUACUCCCCUGUUUUUUUUUUUCUUUGAAGAGGGAGGAAGGGAGGGAGGGAGGGAGGGAGGGGCAGUUGUAAGGCGUCGAGGUGAAGUGUUCUUGUCCCCCAUCAUCAGAGAGAGAGAGGGACAGGAAGCCGUCCACUGUUGGGAGGGAGGGCGUGGGCCGAUCUCAUUUGUUCGCGAAAUCUUGUCCUGGAUUUUG